AUACAUGAACUUUACUUGCUUUUCCAGUGAUUUUGCGGUUGUCAAUUGGAAAGGGUCAUCAAUUGUGUCCAUACCUCUUGCAGUUGUAGAAAACUCUAUGGCAAAACAGGAGCAACGAUCCAAUUCCACAACUUUCCAGAGUACUUCAUCUUCAAUGACCGAUCAGCUGAUGGCAGAAAAUGUGAUGAAGCAAAGAGAGCCACCGUGCCAUGUUAUGGACCUAAGAUCAGAUUUAUACAACAUAACUGGUGACGUAAGGAUCCAUGCCAAGUCCUCCACAGUUUUCAUCCCUUUCCCUGAAAAAAUAAAUUUGUCUCGAGGACACAAUUCCUGGAAAAUAAGACCAUAUGCAAGAAAUAAAGACUUACGAGCAAUGAAUCGUGUCAGAGAAUGGUUGGUAAUACCUGCAGUUUCAGAUGUACAAGUUCCUCAGUGCACCCAAAAUCAUACCAUCGCAUCCAUUCUCUUCUCCACAGGAGGAUAUGCAGGAAACCAUUUCCAUGACUUCAGUGAUAUCAUAAUUCCAUUGUACUUAACGUCCAGGCCCUUUAAUGGAAAAGUGCAGUUCCUCAUUUCAGAUAACCGCUCUUGGUGGGUCACGAAGUUCCGAGCAAUUUUACAAAAUCUUUCUUACUACCCAAUUAUCGAUAUUGAUCAAGAAGAAGAUGUUCAUUGUUUCCCAAGCAUCAUCAUGGGUCUUCGGCGCCAUGGAGAGCUAGAUAUAGAUCCUUCCAAGUCUCCAUACACGAUCAGAGACUUCAAAGAGUUUUUGAGAAGCACCUACUCAUUGAAAAGGAGAAAUGCAGUUAGACUAAGACAUGGUGACACUAGAAAGCCUCGUCUUUUGGUAAUAUCAAGGAAAAGGACUCGAUCAUUCACUAAUUCUACGAAUAUUGCAGAGACAGCACAAAGUAUGGGGUUUGAAGUGAUUGUCGCUGAGGCGGACAUGCACGUGGCUAGAUUUGCAGAGAUAGUGAAUUCUUGUGAUGUGGUGAUGGGAAUACAUGGAGCUGGACUUACUAAUGUUCUCUUCCUUCCCGAGGGUGCGGUUAUGAUACAAGUAGUUCCAUUAGGUGGUGUAGAACUGGUUGCAAAAACAUACUUUGGAGACCCUUCGAAGGAAAUGAACAUAAGGUAUCUGGAGUAUAAGAUAGGGACAAAAGAGAGCACUCUGAUAGAGCACUUCCCACUAGACCAUGUGGCCUUGAAGAAUCCAUAUUCAUUCCAUAGAUGUAACUUAGAAGCUUUUAAGUCGGCUUACUUAGACAAGCAGAAUGUCACGAUCAAUGUUAGGAGGUUUAAACCCACUUUGCUUAAAGCCCUUGAACUUUUGCACGAGUAAUGGUCAAUGGUCACACACACAACAUUAAGCUCAUCACCUGUAUAAGCUGAACUUUUACGAGGCACUGUUCAUCAGUGAGAUGUAGACAAUGAUCAAAAGAUUAUGUUUUUCAA